AGCCCUUUUGCUUGCUUUGAGAAGCUAGGCGUGUACAGAAAAUAGCAUAGUUGGCGGAGUACACCACAGCAUGGCUGCGGCAACGACAUUGAUCCUCAAGAUGACCACGAGCAUGCGCUAUCCGGAGCUGCUGGCCUUCUUGGACCGAAUGUGCCACUUGGCUGUGCCUCCGGCUGUGGCACCUAUGGCCUACGACUUCGUCCACAUGCCAUGGAAGAAGCUGGUGGUGGUCAAUUUCACCUCCUCCGAGGUGUUGAUCCGAUGCAUCCGGUUCUUGCACUUGGUGUCCGAGAAGGACGCGGGAAUCAAAAGCCUGCGGCUGGCGCAGCACCAGGGCCUUGCGCUGAACGUGGGGCUGUGUAGCCUACGAACACGGCACGGCGCGCAAGAGCCCAUUGUCUUUCUGGGCGGCCAACAGGUGUCACUGGCGGUCGCGUGCAACCAGCUGUUGCCACCCUCCUUGAUCAACAAGCUGCUGCAGGCGGUAGAUGUCGACUCCAACUCUAACGACUCGAAUGCCGACUCUGAAUCCAACUCGUGUACAGUUGACUCGUGUCCAGCGCCUGGCACGGGCAAUCGAAUCAUUUUCGACUUAUGAGUCUGUCUUUUUGACCUGGGGUCGGUUGGUACGUUAGUGUUCGCCUGGGUAAUGCAGGAUCAACACUCGAGUUUUAAUCUGACGUGGGCAACUGUCCGCGGCAAGAGAUUGAGCAGUGGCUUCCCGUGAUGUGUCCUCGAGAUUUCAUGCGGAAAUUUCUUGGAUGCCUUGAGUCCAGAGCAUACCAUCCUAGGCCGACAGGUGGCCUUUUGUUACCCAGGAUUUUCUGCCAUUGUUGAAACCGUCUUCUAGGUAUGGUGCGGCUAAGCGCCGUCUCUGGACCAGCUAGAAGCCUGUGUGCCAUCACACAGAGAGCGCAUGCGAGGAAUUCGCCAACUGGAGAGGCCAUCUCCCCAGUGGGACACAUAAUGUUUGCUGUCCAUACUUGUUUGAGGUCAGUAUGGAUGGGUUCAAAUCGUUCCACACUUCACCGUCAGCUUCACAGACGCGCGUGUCGCAUGAGACAACAGCGGCUGCCGAUGCUUGUAACUGCAGGAGAAAGCAUGGUCUCAUUAGCUGCUGCGCGUCAUGUGCUGGCUGCCGCACUUUCCCAACCAUGCGCAGCGCUUGCGGACAAUUGGCCAAUCAACAAGAAUCGGAGCUGGCGCAUGAAGCGUCACGUGCCAGCCCAUUAGAGAGUCCAACUCACGCAGGACAGCGCCGGAGUACUUGAGUACUUGAUUUUCCCAUGUUUGCUGACGACACAGGAAAAACCUUUUCGUCUCAGUACGCGUGGUGCGGCUAAACGCCGUAUUUGGUAGCUUGAAGCUUGGGUGCCAUUCACAGCACAGUGCUCACAAGGAUUCGGC